GCCGCCCGCGACUCAUAUAGGAGCGGAUCGGGACCCGGCCCGGCACUCGGUGAGGAGUGAGCGGCCCCGUGUUUAUCUUUUAGUCCGAGAGAAGCAUUCUACUCGCUGCCAUGGCCUCGGUACCCUCCCCCGGAUGCCUCCUGGCCAAGAACCAGUACUACCGCACAAGGCAGAACUCUGAAUCCAGCGUUUCUUCCAGCUCCUCCUGCUGUUCCGAUCCUGUGAGUGUUGCAGAACAGGACAAAGCAUUUCAUGGGUUACCUGAAUUACUCGAUAAAUGCUGGUGGAUAAAAAGCUUUUUCCAUUGUGAACCAUCUCCGCCAACUGUUGGCAGAAAAGCACUAUCAGCAAGCAGUACCAACAGUUGAAUAUGAAAGCAAGCUGGAUUACUGUCUAAGAUUCUGCGCACGGACUUAUUUUUCCAAGAGGCUUGGGAUCUUCUGAGUGUCUGGGUUCAGCUGCAAGAAGAAAACAAAACCUUUACGAGGGACAAAAGGUGUACUUUCAAAAGAUGUCAGUAUCUUAAAAACUAUUGUAUAAUGGACAUGUCCAUGGCUUACCUUCUUCAUUAUGGAGUUGCUAUAAUUUUAGAUAACUCUAAUGAAACUUACUUGGAUUAAAUAUCCUGAUGACUUAUUUGGAUACUAAGAAAAAGAAAACAACAGUAAGAUAGUAUAGAUUUAAAAGUAUGUGUAUGGAAUGACUUUGCAAUAGGUGAUACUUACCUGAAGUUUUACCUGUUAAGAUAUCAGCUCUUAGACAUUCACUGCUGUAAAUGCAUCACGAACAGAUCAGUCCUACUCUAUUGUGUGUAUUUUCUACCGGCUGUUCUAUAUCAGUUAUAGGCAUCAGAGUUCACAAGGUUGUUUGCUAAUAGCUUUGCUUUUGGAAAGCCCAGUUACACAGAGAAGCAGUAAUCUGUUUGCUGUGUUCCAGCUGCAUGUGUAGACCCCAGCCACAAAUACUUAGAUAGACUUUUCAUUCACAUCUAUGCAUGGUCUUACUUGAGAACAGAAUAGCAGAGAUAGGGCUAAUCCUAAUGGACAUUGACAUCUUCCAAGCAGAUGAGUAAUCUUAAUCAGGGUUGAUAUUCACAGCUCUGUUUUACUUUUAAAUUACCCUCAUCUUCUUUGCUGUUUUUGAAAGACCUUCUUGUUCUCAAGUGACUAAUCCUAUCAGCAUUCACUGCUGUCCAUCAGUAUAAUAUGAAAGGUGUAAGAGCUGGCAAAGUAUUCAACUCAAAAUGAUAACAUUAAUGUUAAUAACAAAGUCUGUCUUUGUCAGGAUACAUGCUAUUGAAAUAUACUGUAGUAUGUUUUCAUUUGGUCUUAAGCACUGCAAAGCAGUGAUUGUUUGUUCUACUGGGGAUGGCUAAAAUGGAUCAAAGGUCAUAGAAAAUAACAUAUUUGGCUGGAUGACAUCACUUCCGUGUGUUUAUUUGUGCAAUUUUUUUUUAAUGUAUCAUCACUAAGUCUGUCUGGCCUUUGUCCAUCACUGGAUGAAGCAACAGUAACAAACAUCAAUGUAAUUUUUUUUUAAUUAUAGAUUAGUGGUUGUCAUGGUAAUGCUUAGAACUAUGAAGUGUAUCAAGUGGCUGAUUUGGUUUUGGUGUAGGCAAUAAAUGUUUGCCCCAUGACCACAGAAAAGAAUGCAAUGAUGGGAAUAUGGUUUCAGGAAUCCUCAAAUCUCUUUGUUAUGCCUUUUUCCCCUAUCACUAUUGUGCAAUUUCAUUAUUGUCCUUUCUCUAACUGUACAGAAUGAACUAUUUUUGUAUG